CGGCUGCUGUGGUAACGGGGUUCGGAAGAGCGCGCGGCUCCCUGGGGAGGGGCGGGGGGGGGAGGGAGAUUCCUCUUCUCCUCCCAAGAUGGCGGCGGCGGGGGGCGGGGGGGUGAACCCCUUCCUCAGCGACUCCGAAGAGUCCGAGCCUGAGGAGAGCAGGCCGGGGGGCGGCAGCAGCAGCAGCGACCCCGGCGCCUCGGCCGCUCCUCUCCCGGUCUCUUCUUCCGUCUCCUCUUCGCCACCCUUUCAGCCGCUCUUGCCGCCGCCGCCGCCGCCUCCACAGGCCGAGGAGCCUCCCCGGGUGCCGGUGGACGCUUUGGCGGCUCAGCUGCUGCGCGACCAGUUCGUCUUGACGGCGCUGGAGUUGCACGCGGAGCUGCUGGAGAGCGGCCGGGAGCUGCCUCGCCUGCGAGACUAUUUCUCCAACCCGGGCAACUUCGAGCGGCAAAGCGCCGGCGGCGGCGGCGGCGGAGGAGCCCUGGCCCCGACUCCUUCCGCCUCAGGAGCUCCUCCCGGGAUGAUAGCCAUGGUCGGAGGCGGUAAGGAGCCCGGCGCCGGACAGCUCCAUCGAGCUGGAAGCAUUAGCACUCUUGAUUCCUUGGAUUUUGCAAGAUAUUCAGAUGAUGGAAAUAGGGAAACUGACGAGCGAGUAGCUGUCCUGGAGUUUGAACUACGGAAAGCAAAAGAGACCAUUCAGGCCCUCCGAGCCAACCUGACUCAGGCUGCAGAAAAUGAAGUUCCUUUGCAGGAACGAAGAAAUUAUAAAUCAAGUCCUGAAAUUCAGGAACCAAUUAAACCUCUUGAAAAAAGAGCUUUAAACUUCUUAGUCAAUGAAUUUCUGUUAAAGAAUGGAUGCAAGCUUACUUCAAUAACUUUUUCAGAUGAGAAUGAUGAUCAGGAUUUUGAACUGUGGGAUGAUGUAGGACUGAACAUUCCAAAACCUCCAGACUUGCUACAACUGUACCGGGAUUUUGGAAAUCACCAAGUUAUUGCAAAAGACAUUGUAGAUGUAGCAGUUGGUCCAGAAGAGGAGGAACUAGAGGCAACUACUCCUAUCCUAGAAAACAUUCCUGUAUUUGGAACAUCAGAAUCAAUAGAGCAAUGCGUGUUGGUGCAGAAAUUGGAAGAUCAAAUUAAUGCAUUAAGCACAGAAAAAUGGUCUCUUAUGGAGCAGAUACAAAGGCUUGAAAGUGAAAUAGACUACUUGAGAAGUCAAAAAACGUCUAUUCCAAUGGUAUGUGACACAGUACAGCCGUCUUCAGCCCAAGUGCCUCCCACGCUCCCAGAUGAUAAUGGAAAAUAUUUAGACAUUAAAAGUUCAACCAAUGAUGAUAAACUUGGGAGAACUGAAGAAGAAAUAACUUUGAUGGAACCUGAAUGUAGGACUUCUAAAGAGGAUAUUGGAAUACCUUUUGCUUAUAAAGAAAGAGAAAAAUUUCCAUUUUGUUCCCCAUCAAAUAAAGCUGCCAUACAUUUUGAUAAACCUAAUAGGAAGUUAUCACCUGCAUUCCAUCAAGCAUUGCUGUCAUUUUGCCAGAUGUCAGCAGAGAGCCGUUUGGGAUCAGAGGUGUCUCGAAUUGCUGAUAGUGAAAAAAGUGUCAUGCUGAUGCUUGGACGUUGUUUACCACAUAUUGUUCCUAAUGUCCUGCUUGCAAAACGAGAGGAGUUGAUUCCACUCAUUCUGUGUACAGCUUGCCUCCAUCCCGAACCUAAAGAGAGAGACCAACUCCUGCAUAUACUGUUCAACUUGAUCAAAAGGCCAGAUGAUGAGCAAAGGCAAAUGAUUUUGACUGGGUGUGUAGCAUUUGCACAACAUGUGGGACCUACACGUGUAGAAGCUGAACUCUUGCCACAGUGCUGGGAGCAGAUCAAUCACAAAUAUCCAGAAAGGCGGCUAUUAGUAGCAGAGUCUUGUGGAGCGUUGGCACCAUAUCUUCCUAAAGAAAUUCGUAGUUCAUUGGUUCUUUCCAUGCUACAGCAGAUGCUAAUGGAAGAUAAAGCAGAUUUGGUACGAGAAGCUGUUAUCAAAAGUCUUGGUAUCAUCAUGGGAUACAUUGAUGAUCCAGACAAAUACCAGCAGGGAUUUGAACUGCUACUCUCAGCAUUGGGUGAUCCCUCAGAACGAGUGGUUAGUGCAACUCACCAAGUAUUCUUACCAGCUUAUGCUGCUUGGACUACAGAAUUAGGAAAUUUACAGUUGCAUCUUAUACCUACAUUGCUUAUUAAAAUUGAAAAACUACUCAAGGAAAGUGAACAUGGACUGGAUGAACAUAAACUCCAUAUGUAUCUUUCUGCUUUACAAUCCUUGAUACCUUCUCUUUUUGCACUGGUAUUGCAAGAUGCCCCCUUUACAAGCAAAGCUAAGCUUCAGGGAGAAGUCCCACAUAUAGAAGUAACAAGGUUCCCAAGACCUGUAUCGCCUCUACAGGAUGUGGCCACUAUAAUCGGAAGUCGUGAACAACUAGCUGUAUUGUUGCAACUUUAUGAUCACCAGUUAGAACACGAGGGCACCACAGGAUGGGAUACCUUACUAUGGGUUGUCAAUCAACUGUUGCCUCAACUUAUUGAAAUUGUUGGUAAAAUCAAUGUAGCUUCAACAGCAUGUGUUCAUGAAUUCUCAAGGUUUUUCUGGCGACUUUGCCGAACUUUUGGGAAGAUUUUCACCAAUACAAAGGUAAAACCCCAAUUCCAGGAAAUUUUACGGCUCUCUGAGGAGAACAUUGAUGCUGCAGCAGGGAACGGAGUACUAACAAAAGCCACAGUUCCUAUCUACGCAACAGGUGUACUUACAUGUUAUAUCCAGGAAGAAGACCGCAAGCUGUUAGUAGGAUUUUUAGAAGAUGUCAUGACUAUGCUUUCAUUAUCUCACGCUCCCCUUGAUAGCCUAAAAGCAUCUUUUGUGGAAUUAGGUGCAAACCCAGCAUACCAUGAAUUGCUGCUAACUGUAUUAUGGUAUGGAGUUGUCCACACUUCAGCACUUGUUCGAUGUACGGCUGCCAGAAUGUUUGAGCUGUUGGUGAAGGGGGUACAUGAAACUCUGGUAGCUCAGAGAGUGGUUCCUGCUCUCAUCACUCUCUCCAGUGACCCUGAAAUCUCUGUCAGAAUAGCCACAAUUCCUGCGUUUGGGACCAUCAUGGAAACGGUCACUCAGAGAGAGCUUUUGGAAAGAGUCAAAAUGCAGUUGGCCUCUUUCCUGGAAGAUCCCCAGUAUCAAGACCAACACUCUCUGCACACAGAAAUAAUAAAAACCUUUGGGAGGGUUGGUCCAAAUGCUGAGCCAAGAUUUAGAGAUGAAUUUGUUCUUCCACAUUUGCAUAAACUUUCCUUGGUUAAUAACCAGCAAUCUGCAGACUCAAAACGACUGGACAUAGCUACUCAUCUCUUUGAAGCCUAUAGUGCACUCUCCUGUUGUUUUAUUUCAGAAGAGUUAAUGAUCAGUCACUUCUUACCUGGACUCAGGUGUUUAAGAAAUGACAUGGAAGCUCUCUCACCAGAACAUGAGGUCAUUUUAAAUUCCAUGAUAAAAGAAUGUGAACAGAAAGUGGAAAAUAGAAAUGUUCAAGAACCUCAAGGUUCUAUGUCAAUUGCAGCAAGCCUUGUGAGUGAAGACACCAAGACCAAGUUUCUGAAUAAAAUGGGCCAGUUAACCACUUCAGGCGCCAUGCUGGCCAAUGUAUUCCAGAGGAAGAAGUAAAUUGGGAUUAAGAAUUAAAGAACAUUAACACUGAGAGACCUCAUUAAGACUUGUUCCUUGUACUUGAAGUACUUGUCUUUUUAUUUUCUGUCUUAUGUUCUUGUAGUAUAAUUUUAAUCUACAAACAUAUUUGCACUGCUCUUGAAUAUUGCUACAUAUCUGUUAAUUUGGGGCAAAAUGUGGUUGAUUAUAAAACUAAAUUAAGUCUGUAUCAGGUCCCUGCCCUGUGUUCUUGUCUUUCCAGCAUUUUUAUAUAUAUAUAUAUAUAUAUAUAUAUAUAUAUAUAUAUAUAUAUAUAUAUAUAUGGGUUUUUUUUUAAUUUCCCGAUGGGUUCUUGGCUGAUAUCUGUAUUAUACAUGGAACUGUUAUGAUGGUACUUAAAAUAAUGUAAAUUUGAAGUCACAGUUAUAAAGUAAUAAAAGUGGAGAUUACUUAUGUAUUUAAGUUAUAAGGGGUAAUGCAGAGCUUUUUUAAUGUUUCUAAAAUGAAAGGUAAGAGCCACCAGCACUGAUUCCUGGAUUGUUUUUGUAAGUUAUUGUAUAUUUGAAUUACCGAAGUGAAUGGAGGAUAUAAUGUAUCACGGAAUUCCUUGCACUACUAGUACUACAAUAUAUUCCAGAACAGAUGAAUACAACAGAUUUUUUUAAAUUGUCUCUCAUUACAUGUAUUGGCAUUUUCAUUGUGUAUAAAACAGCUUAGUAUUAACCUUCCUGCAAGGCAGUUUAUACUGGGAAGGGGAGGAAGAAUAAAUAGUCCAAACUUAAAUCAUAUGUACCUUGAUGAAAGCCAUACUGAUUUCAAUGAAGGUUUCUUUCAUAUGAAUGAGUCUAAUAUUGCCUUCUUAGAAUAAACUUUUAAGUGAUGCUGCUCUACAUAAAUGCUUUAAGCCAACAUCAUUUUCUGCAUAUAACAAUCCUGUGUUUGAAGUGUGUAAAGUAACAUCUACGGUACUUAAACACCCCUCCAAAAAAUAAUUGACAUAGAACAUUCUGGGCACUACAUAAGAUAAACAUAUUUAUAGCAUACUAGGCAAAAGGAUUGGUUUCAACACUAAGAGAUUGGCUAGCAUUUUGUUUAACUUGGGUUUUAAAUCUUGCAGGGCAAGAAUGAAAGAAAAUGUGCCAUCCGAUGCUCCAAGUAGCACAGAAGUGACCGAAAGCAAUAAUGUAUUAAAAUUUAAAUGCAACGCCAUAUAAUAUCCUCUUAAUAUCCUGAUAUUUUUAAAUUGCAACUCUAAUCUCCUAUCCUUGUAGCAUUUUUCAGUGGUGAAUCAAUUUAAGCCCAUCCGUUGUUUCAUAACUCUAUAAAUAUCCAAUGCAAAUUCCGGUCCGCUAUGUGGCUUUCACCCUUUCUACGCUUUCUCCAUACUACAUAUUUUGUAAAUAUGCAUGCACAUAGACAUUAUUUUCAAAAAUAAAAGGAAGACAUUAACUAAUGCUGUGCCUAUUUUAAUGAAAUUACUACUUUUGUGUUAAAUCUGGGGUAGAGACAAACAGACUUGAAACACUUGUAGAAUCCUAAUAUAAAGUAUCAGUAAAUCUGUUAUACACAUCGUCAAACUCAAUCCCACUGUUAUUUCAAGGCAAAGGAAUAGCAUUUCCGUUAUUUCUCUUUUUUAAAGUAAAUUGUGAUUAACACACUUCAAUAAUUUAUCUUGGAAAGAAAUAUCACAAAUACCCUCAACCCAUUGCUAAAUUAAAAUUCCCAUCACUUCCAUCCACCAGUGUCCAAAACUGUAUCUGGGUAGAGCUGAUAGAAGUUGCAUUCCAGAUUCUGUGAAAGGUUGCAGGUUGGGACAAGCUUGCCUUAUUAUAUACUUUGGGAUUUCUGUGCUGAGAAGUAGAAAAAUAUUCAUUAAAACUUAUCUAAAAGAGGUGCAUAUGCGUAUCAUCCGUUUUUUCACUGUAAUAGACUGGAUUGUAUCUGGAGUAUUUUUACAUUCCCAAUAAAUCUUCAUCCGAAGAGAGGACGCACUUGGAAAAGAAUCCGUCUUGCAUUGAAUGUGCAAAUAUACCCAUUUUGAAAUCCGAUGAUGAUGAAUGAUGAAUGGGUAUUCACCUCACUAUCUGCCAGUUGUACUAACUGUAUUGCAAAUGCUGUCUUAGUAGACCAUCUGAUAAUGAAAUGCUGGGGCAUUCCAGAAGAAGUAGAAGUGGCUAACUCCUGUUCUUUCUUGAAUUAAAUAAAAUGUUUUGCAUA